ACAUGAUAAUGGUCUAUAGUGUCCUCUUUGUACCAUCUCACCGACUGACUGACUGAUUAACUGACAGACCUUUACUUAAACAGUAAGAAAAUAAAACAAAGUGAAACGAUAUUUUUAAUUCGUUUUACCAACGACAACCGUGCUGUUCCUUUUGUAUUCUUUUCAGCAAAAUCUAAUCAACUCGUCACUCAUACUGAUCAGAAUUGUUCGUUUGUUUCGCAGAGUUCACAGAUAUCAGAGAUCUCGGAAUCCAGCUUGUCAAUGGAAACGACCCCAACGAGGGCAGGGUGCUAGUUCGAUGGUCCCCCGACUCCGACUGGAAGGCUCUGUGCUUUAAGCGGUACGCUCCCGACACCAUCGCCCAUCAGAUGUGCAGGCGGCUCGGGUACCCGUUCGCGUGCGGCAUGGAGGAGGCAGGGGCGGGGCGGACCGAGGACACAUCCCUUCGGAACAUAUCAAGCGUGAUAUAUCGAUAUCAGUGCAACGCGCAUCUAUUUAACAUCACGGCUGGGGGCUGUCUUUUAUUUGAGACACCAUUGUUUGAUCCAAGUCUCGGCCCGCCUUGUGCACAUGAGCAAGACACGUGGUUAAUGUGUGGAUUUGCAGGAAUGCCAGAUUUUGAAUUGCGACUGGUUGAGGAGGGGUUAAUUGGUGCCACUAGAGGACUCGUCCAGGGUCGCUGCGGUGGGAGGCAGGAAUGGGGUGCCAUCUGCAGCAACACAUUCGACCUGUCAACCGCUGGACAAGUGGCCUGCCGCGAUUUGGGACAGCCUCCCGCCAUUUCGGUAGGGAGGGUAGACCGCGGUGCGGUUGAUGCGGAGUUCCUACCAGACUACACGCUGUUCGUGGACAUCGGUUGUGUUGGGGAUGAAGCGAGUCUGAGCGAGUGCGAACACCACUCGCUGCGGUAUUGCGAGAGUUUUGCCUCCCUGGAAUGCUUUACCGGAAACCGGGAUAUCAGAGAUAUUGACAUCGAGCUCGUGAAUGGCAGCGCCCCCAACGAGGGGCGAGUCUUAGUUCGCUGGUCCCCCGACUUUGAAUGGACGGCAGUGUGCUUCAGUUCGAAUUACACUGACGCGUUGGCCUUCGACAUGUGCAGGCGGCUUGGUUACCCGUUCGCAUGCGGCAAGGAGGCGGCAGGGGCGGGGCGGACCGAUACCCCCUCCUUGGCGAAUAUAGCCAGCGUGGCAUAUCUAACCACGUGUAGGUCAGACCCGAACGAUAUCUUCGCAGGGGGCUGCUCCCUCUCUGCGGCGACUGAUCCCGUUGAUGUGCAUCCUUGUCCGCAUGAACAGGACUUGUGGUUAUCGUGUGGAUAUGCAGAAAUGCCGGACUUCGAACUGCGACUUGUGGAGGGAGCACCCGGUAGCUCCAAUAAAGUCGUUCAGGGUCGCUGCGGUGGGAUACCCGAAUGGGGUGCUGUCUGUGGGCACCUAUAUUACGAGCGAAGGGCCGGACCUGUUGUCUGUCGAGAUCUCGGGCUGUCUAAUUACUCCAUUUCGACAGGAGCACUAGCACUGGGAGAAGUUGAUGCGCAGCUGGUGCCCGACUACACGCUGUUCGUUGACAUAGGGUGUGUCGGCAACGAAUCGAGUCUGAGCGAGUGCGAACACUUCUCACUUAGGCAGUGCAACAGCUACGCCACAGUACAGUGUUUUACCGAAAUUCGGGAGUAUGAAGAAACUGCUUACCUUUGUGGUGCUAAGCAACUUUGUGGUCAACAAUGCAAUCAACAGAUCCAUCCUCUGCCGAACGACGUUAACGUUUUCCACUACUGCCAGUGCGACGACGCCUGCGUACUAUUCGACGACUGUUGUUACGACUACGCCGGUGUUUGCGACCGUAGAGCGCCCAGUUUAGAGCGCGGGGGCUUCACGGCUGACCGGUUCGGCUGCGUCUGGGUACCUGGCAGUCAGUUCACUUUCACUGGCUUUGUGAUGAUCGACCGCUGCUCGGACGACUGGAGAGAUGAAGGUAUCCGUGCCUUGUGCGAGAAACCGAUCAAUGCGACAGACGUCAUUGGAUCGUUGCCAGUCUUCGACGAUCAAGGCGUGGAUUUUUCAAACAUCUUCUGCGCCCUGUGCAACCACAGGUCUCUGGGUAAAUUGAGCAGGUGGGAUGUUUUUAGUUCUUACAACAAAAUAAGUAGUACCACAAACACAUAUUACACAUCUCUCAACCAGACCUUACCGACAAAGGGCUGGAUCAUCACUCCACCGAAAAAUCAUACAGAAAUACGUAAGUGCCCCGCUCAUCUGAUUGACACCUGUCUUGUUGACUUUCGCGGUACCGAGAUGGAGAGAGCUUGUAGAGCUUACUACGCACCCGUACGAACCGAUCGGGAAAACAUAAGGUAUCGUAACCCACACUGUGCUAUGUGCAACGGCAAGGAACUCGUACCAGAUGACUCCUGCAUGGAUGUGAUCUGUAAGAUGACAUGCGAACCAGACCCUUGGGGUCCUUGCGGGAUUGUCUGCGGCCCGUACAAUGAGUUCUUCACAAUUGAGGUUCUUUUUGACUUCACCUCUUCCUCUUCCAUCAAUGGGAUGUCUUGCCUGGAAGGGCAGAUCUACGACCCAUUCCUGGAGAGGUGCCGGGUGCUGACGUGCGCAGCUGGAUAUCGAAUCAACGGCGACGAGUGUGUGGCAUACACUCCGGUUAAUCCACCCAUAAACGGCAGUCAAGAGACAUCUGCAAUCGAAUGCUUGGCAAAGCGUCUUGGCAAAGAUACAGCCGGCGGGCAAGCCUUGAUGGCAGGACAAACUAUCAUCCUGAAUGACCCAGACGCAGGAACAUUGUCAGCUCUUAUUCUCCUGACUUCGGUUCGCGAAGCACUUGCCAUCGAUGCAGCAUUUGAUGUCUAUGUUGCAAAUGCAUCAAUAGACAACCCAACCACACUUUCUGAAUUAUUGUGUAACAUAUCUACGCUGUCAAUUUACGUGCCGUUUGCUCUUAGUGCUUUUAGUAGCUGUAACUUAGUAAAUGGGAAUGAAACAUUUGUAGGAUAUGUUGGAAACCUUUUGAUGGUGGUAAAGUUUCAAGAUAUCAGAGAUGAGGGAGAGUACACACAAGAGAGAACAUCGCCUCUAUGCCUAAAGGUUGCCGACCUAAAUUGCUCUUCUCUUCUGACGUUAAAGGGUUCCGAGUACACGAUCUUGGCGGAUGAAAUUUUACAAGUGACUGCAAGUGGCAUACUUGCAGCCGAGUACGUUCGCUUCCCAGACGGCUCUGUGGUCAUGUGCUCUUUCGCAGGUCCGCUGCCAGAGGGGUUGGAGCCAAAGAUCAGAAGGGCAAUUUCCUUUGCAGGUAGCUGUCUGUCACUGCUUGCCCUAGCCGCCACUUUCGUUACAUACUGCGUAUUUCCUGAGCUCCGGAACACCGCAGGCAAGUCAACGAUGAACCUGGUGGUGGCGCUCUUCGUCGCCAUCUUGCUGUUCCUACUGACGGGCUACCUCAGGCAGAGCCGCGCCGCCUGCGUGUCCGGUGCCGCAGCGGCGCAUUUCGCCUGGCUUGCCGCUUUCUGCUGGAUGACGGUCCUUAGUGUCAGUGUUGCUCGCACUCUGGCGUCCAAGGUGUCAAUACCGCACCGUGGCAGAGGAAUCGAUCGUGCACUGGUCUCCUACAUGUGUCUUGCCUGGGGGAUCCCCCUGAUCAUAGUGACCAUCUGCUUGGCCCUCCAGUUCUGUAACUGCACCAGCCUACCUACAAUCUACGCAGAGAGCAACAUCUGUUGGAUCACUGACGCCACGGUUCGCGUGGUCGUCUUCUUGGUACCGGUUGCGAUGAGUUUGGUUCUGAACAUCACCACGUAUGUCUUCACGGUCAUCAACUUCCGGAGAAACAGACAAGUAAGCAAGGCUGCUCGGCACCAAACAACGACGGACGCAGUCAGAGAAGAACUCUCCGUCUACUUAAAGAUCUGCACACUUGUUGGCGUGACCUGGGUGUUCGGCUUCGUUUCUCAGUCAGUGACUGGCAUCGUAGUCUUCUCCUACAUCUACAUCCUCCUCAACUACCUCCAGGGUGUCUUCAUCUUCAUCGCCUUCUGUCUGAACAAGAGGGUCCGGGGUCUGUGGAGGCAGAAGCUGAGAAAGAUGCCGGCACACACCGGGAAGACAAAUCCGAAUUCUCUUCAUCCGAAGCACCAAACAAACAUCACCUCCUCCGGCACGUCAGGGAUAAGUCAUUCGAAGAAGACCACAGAAAGCACCCACCUGUAAAUCCUGUUUCUUUAAUCCUGGGGCUUAUAACAAUUAAAUAUCGAUUUAUGCAGCGCAAAAAUCCACCUUUUGGCUCGAUUUACAAAUUUUCAAUUACAAAUUGCUCAAUCUUUGAGCGGUUCGAUAUUAUUUCUGCGCACCGGACCGAUAAAAACAUUCCAAAAACCAUCUUAGCUCCCUGGGGAGUAUAUAGCUCAAUGCUGCCAUAUCGGCGUAAUCGGCUGAAUCAAACAAUUGGCGUGUGCCCUCACAUGUACCACUUUAUUCCUUGGUGGGGAGAAGCAAUGAGUGACAAAGUUUCCUGCCCAAGGACGCACGCACUACAAACACAGGCUAGACUCGCAAACAAAACCUGCAGAUUUGCCCACUAGAUCAUGUGUGCAAUACACCAGACCGCGAGGCCACAGAAUUCAACGGCUAUCGACACAGCUCACAAAAGCGAAGAGGGAGACAAAAUGUCUCUGAGGUACAGCCUGAUUAAAUUUUUUUCUGGAAACACAGGUUGGCAAAUUAGUUUUCACAUCAAAGUCGGAAUUCUUUUGAAGAAUAAUAGAAAAGACUACUGUUUGCCCUGGUGUUUCUGGCAGUGGCUGCAAUGUGCGCCGCAGCACCUUGUAAACCAUUAUAAGGUGCUACAUA